CACCCUUCGCCUACUACAGCUUGGAUGAGUUGUUCAGGUACCUGCCUUGCUGCCUGAUCCUUGCCCGUCUCAGAAGAUGGCUCUGUUAAAACUGCUUCCACCGGAUCCAGAAGAUGAGGGCAGCCAGCGGUGCAGGCUUGGUCCUGCGGCAUUCGCCUUGCUAGGCGCUAAGCUGGGCUCCUUGAUCCAGAUCACCUUGCCCAGUGGCUCUUGCCUGUGCACAGCCUGGCCAAGGCACGAUUCGGCUGAUGGCUACCUGCAGCUCGACCUCAAAUGCAGGACUUGGGGAUUAAGGGAAAGCCAGCUGCGAAGGCAGACCGUGAGCAUGGAGCAGCUGAAAGUAGUGGCCUGCCCCAAGCUAAGACAUGUGACGGUCCGAGUCGUUUUUAAAAACCAGGCCUCAAAAACAGCUCUUCCCGAAACGGCGCUUCCGGAAGUGGUGCGGGAGCUUUUGAGAAAGGCCUGCGUGGCGCGCCAACACGUCGUGACUUUCCCCCCAAUUCUGGGCAACCCUGUUGAGUGCCUCGAAAUAUUGUCCAUGGGACCAUCCAGCCCGGAAGAAGCCGGCUUGAUCACCCCGCAAACCAACGUCCACGUUAAGGAGACAAUCACGUUGGAGAGGUACGGUCGCCUGAUGGGGGACGGUUCGAAAAUCCGGGUGGCCGGCUUGGAUGAAGUCAGCCGGGCUUUAAAAGAAAUGAUUGAACUGCCCCUGCGUUUCCCGAACAGCUUCAAAAAAUUAGGCCUCUCGGUCCCAAAGGGAGUUCUUUUGGUAGGGCCACCGGGAGUUGGCAAGACGCUACUGGUCAAGGCAGUGACUGGAGAAGCCGGGGCCUGUCUGGUGGGCCUCAGUGCCCCCGUGGUCUGUGGUUCGCGGCCUGGCGAAAGUGAGGAGAACUUGCGACGGGUCUUCGAACAAGCGAGAGAACUCUCCAGCGAAGGGCCCACCGUCCUCUUCAUUGACGAGAUCGAUUCGUUGUGUCCCAAGCGGGCAGCUUCCGGUCAUCUCCCUGAGCAUCGCCUGGUGGCUCAGUUGCUAACUCUUAUGGAUGGAUUUAACCAAGGACAAGGGCUGGUCAUUGUAGGGGCUACCAACAGGCCAGAUUCCCUGGAUCCUGCCUUGAGAAGACCAGGCCGAUUCGAUCGAGAGGUAGUUGUGCCUUCAAGUCCUUCCGCCAACUGGUUGGUGCUUCCUGGAGAUGGUUAG